AUGGAAUCUCAACGGGAAUUCUUGGAUGAGAAAGCGCUCGUUCAGAUGAAUCCUUUAGAGAAAAGAAUCUUCUAUUGGCAUAUUGCGAACAGUGAAUACGCUUGUGGAGCACCACUGGAAAAGGUCUCCGCUUCUUAUUGGGACCAAAACGAGGCAAUCGGUCAAUUCGAUGGCCGACAUUCACUUCUUGUUGAUGGAGCCCAAAAAGUUGUCGAAGCAAUUGCUGAAGAUACAACAAUUCUGUUGAACAAGAAGGUGCAUAAGGUAAAGCUGAUUCAUCGUGGAGUCCGUGUGAGUCUAAAUGACGGCACUGAAUUGGAAGCCGAUAAAGUUUUGGUAACCGUACCAUUGGCAAUGCUAAAGAAGGGGAACAUCCAAUUCGAGCCACCAUUGCCAAAAAGAAAAGCUGAUGCAAUUAAACGGCUUGGAGCUGGUCGAAUUGAGAAGAUCGCUGUUGCAUUUCCACGGUGUUUUUGGAAAGAUCUGAAACAGAAGAAUCCACCAGUCGACUAUUUUGCUCAUGUUGGUCCAGUUGAGCAGCGAGGACUCUUUCACACAAUCUACGACUUUACAAAUAGACAAGAUGGAUCGCCCAAAAGUUUUGUGUUGAUGUCGUACGUUUGCGGGAAAUCUCUGGAAAUCUUUGACAAGAAAACAGAUGAUCAAGUCAUCAAGAUGUUCAUUGAAACGCUCAGAAAGCUGUUCCCCGGAAAGCACAUCCCAAAGCCAGUUGGUCAAAUGGUGUCGAGAUGGGGAAAAGACGAGGAUAUUGGGAUGUCCUACUCGUAUAUGGCUGUUGGAUCGAAGCCUGAAGACUAUGACUCAAUGGCCGCUCCCGUUUCGGAUAGAAUCUAUUUUGCUGGAGAGGCAACUCACCGCUUUUUCCCUCAAACGAUGCACGGCUCGUAUCUCUCGGGAAUCCGAGCCACCACGUGGAUGUUGGAUGACUAUUUGGUGGAUCACACCCGCUCUUUCAGCACCUUA